GUCGUCGUUUCUCAAUUGAUCUGUCGUUUCUACGUCUAUUCAUCUCAUUCUCUCUCUCGUGUGUCUGAUUUGAUUAAGAACAAUGGAAGUUUUGUGCAUCUGUGGACAAUGGAUCUCAAAAGAAUCUCUCCAGUGGGAGUUUCUUGUUGAUUUGAAGAGGAAUGCAUCAAUCAUUUUCAUAGAAGAAGAUCUACCGUAUGAAGAUUUGAUGAAGAUUGUCUCUGAAGAUUUUAGUGUUAAAGAGGAAGAAAUCAGUUUGAGUUAUGGUAUUUCAUUGGAUAUGAAAUGUAUUAUUGAAAGUUUUCCCCCACUCUCGAUAGGUAAUACUCGUCAGCUCAGAACUUUCAUUUCCAAGACUAGAGCAUUUGAUGGAACCUGUCGUUUGUGUGUUAAGGUUUGUAUGAUUUUUUUCUUCCUUAGACUUUUCAGGAUAUGCUUCCUAAUCAAGUAUUAUGCCUUACAAAACUACUUGACUUUUGCAGGUUAGUACUGAUCCAGCUAGCUGUAACACUCAAGCUUCUGAUACAUUUGCUUCUACUGUUCCAUUGAAUGCCAAUCCAGUGAUUCUUUCUACUGUGCAGAGAGAAAAACAGGUACAUUGUUCCUAAUUCCCUUUUUCUGUUUGUGUUUGCAUGAUAUGCUUCAUAAUCAAGUAUUAUGCCUUACAGAACUACUUGACUUUUGCAGGUUAGUACUGAUCCAGCUAGCUGUAACACUCAAGCUUCUGAUACAUUUGCUUCUACUGUUCCAUUGAAUGCCAAUCCAGUGAUUCUUUCUACUGUGCAGAGUGAAAAACAGGUACAUUGUCCCUAAUUCCCUUUUUCUGUUUGUGUUUGCAUGAUAUGCUUCAUAAUCAAGUAUUAUGCCAUACAGAACUACUUGACUUUUGCAGGUUAGUACUGAUCCAGCUAGCUGUAACACUCAAGCUUCUGAUACAUUUGCUUCUACUAUUCCAUUGAAUGCCAAUCCAGUGAUUCUUUCUACUGUGCAGAGUGAAAAACAGGUACACUGUCCCUAAUUCCCUUUUUCUGUUUGUGUUUGCAUGAUAUGCUUCAUAAUCAAGUAUUAUGCCUUAUAGAACUACUUGACUUUUGUAGAGUCUUCUAUAUGAAAGUGUUUCUACAGUUCCUCUGAAUGCUCUUCCGGAUUUUAGCCCUGUCCAUAUUGGACUUUCACCAACCACGAGAGGAGCUGGCGAUAUUAAGGUGAAUAGCUAUUUUAAGACAAAGAGAGAUUUGAUGUUGAGGAUGAAGAAAUGGGCUUUAGAGUGGAAGUUUGAGUACAAGACUGUCUCUUCUAACCAGUCAAGAGUGCUUUUGAGUUGUGUUGAUGAAAAUUGCACGUGGAGGAUGCGUGCUAUCAAGCUACCUCUUUCAGAUUUUUUCGUUGUUAAAAAGUAUGUUCAUGAGCAUACAUGCGAUACAACACACAGGAAAGCCAACCACAGACAAGCAUCUGCAAAGUUGUUGGGUUCUUUGAUUUGCAGCAAUUAUGGAGAAAAAAAGGAAGGUCUCAAACCGAAACAGAUCAUUGAACAGGUCAGGAUGCUGCAUGGUGUUCACAUCAAUUACAAACAAGCUUGGAGAGUGAGAGAAGAAGCUCAGAUUUUGGUUAGAGGGACUCCUGAAGACAGCUAUUACAAUUUGUCUAGGUGGUUGUAUAAAAUCACAGAAACAAACCCUGGUUCCUUGACUUAUCAACAUGUGGAUGCUGCAGGAAAGUUCAAGUAUGCAUUUGUGGCUUUUGGUCCAUCGAUAAGGGGAUUCUCAUUGAUGAGGAGAGUUAUUGCAGUAGAUGGUACAUUUCAGAAGAGAAAAUUCAAUGGGACUUUAUUGGCAGCUUGUGCUCAAGAUGGGAAUUAUCAUCUAUAUCCUCUCGCCUUUGCAGUGGUUGACGCAGAAAAUGGCGCCUCUUGGAAAUGGUUCUUUAGAGGUUUGAGCCAGAAGAUCCCGGAUGCUUCGGAUCUUGUUUUUGUAUCAGACAGGGCUAACUCCAUUUUUUCAGCGUUGGAGGAUGUAUAUCCCUUAUCUCACCAUGGAAUUUGCAGGAUCCAUCUGCUCCGCAACAUCACUCCUACAUAUGCGAAGACUGAGUUGCUACCUCUGGUGGAAAGCGCUGCUGAUGCCUAUACGUGUCACGAGUUCUGGGUAAUCUUCAAGGACAUAAAGGAUAAAUGUCCUGAAUUGGCUAAGUAUCUGGAAGAGUCUGAUUUUAGGAAGUGGGCACGAAGCUAUGCGCCUGCGAACAGGUAUAAUAUCAUGACUACCAACAUUGAAGAGUCUCUCAAUUCUAUGUUGAGGAUGCCUCGUGAGUUGCCCAUUAUCUCUCUCCUUGAAACUAUCAGAUUGACGAUGACCACUUGGUUUUUUGAGCGACGCGAAGCGGCUGCGAAACAUAAGCACCUGGUUACUCCAAAAGUUGUGCAGAAGUUGGUAUCUAGGUUAGGGGCCGCAAUGUUGUUGAAUGUGUAUCAAGUUGAUUGAAGCGAGUUUGAGGUGAAGAAUGAAACAAUGAAGUUUGUUGUUGACUUGGAGAAGCGGCAUUGCACAUGUAAUGUUUUCGACAUUGACAACAUCCCCUGCAUCCAUGCCAUCGCUGCUGCUAAGCAUAUCAAGAGAGAUGAAAACCGUUUUGUUGAUGCUUCUCACUUGACAGAAACGUGGGCUAAAGCUUAUGCUGAAAGCAUACAUCCUGGUGGAGAGUUGUCAACGUGCACCUAUCCAGAGAAUAUUGAUGAACUGUCUUGCCCACCUCCAGCUACCAAAAAUAAAAGUGGACGCCCUCCUACAAAGAGAAAGAGAUCCGUUGGCGAAUUUGGGGUUCCUGGAUCUAAAUCUCAGUCCCACAAGUGCAGCAGAUGUGGCACAUGAGAGCACAACAAGAGCACAUGCCAGAGGCCUAUAGGAUGAAGUUCUACAUUUUUACAUUUUUAUUGAUUAUUAUUUGGAUGUUGGCUAUUUGAUGGUUACAUGAUAUGCACCAGACCAUAUACAUUUUUUUUUUUGGAACCCUAUCCUGAAUAAGUAUGAUUUCUUCCAACUUUUGUAAUAUACAACAUUAUCUUUUGAUCUCAUUUUAAUUCUUAGUUUAAACUUCUUUGCUAGAAAAAAACACAGUAAUAUUCAACUAUUCUGGAAUCCCAUCCAGAAAUCCCGAGUUCCUUUCCAAGGUUUAUAAUACAACAUUUUCUGUUAAGAAUAUUUAUGUGGAAAAGUGUAACAGAUGAUUCUCCUCGGUCUAGCGGCUAAAACACCUAUCUGUCGAAAUUGUAACGCUUGACUCGACCCGGGUUCGAUGCCCCUACUAAUCAGAGUUUUAAAAAAAAAUUUAAGUUGAAUACAAAUAAAAGUAAUAUAUUACUUUACUUACAACAUGUAAUGACUGAAAUCAACUUGGCCUAGUGGCUACUACACCUUAAUUCCCUCUUUCCUCCUAGUCAUCUUCAGGUUCGAAUCCUAGGAGAUGUGUAUAUAUUUUUUUUUCCUCCAAAAUUUGCAAAUCACAUUAUCAAAUUUUCUAAAUGUGUAGAUAUUAAUCCAUAGUUUUGAUCUCAUUUCAUUUUUUUCUAGUUUAAGAAAGAAGCACACUAAUAUUCAUGUAUAUUAUUCAUGCAUACUCUGGAAGCCCAUCCUGAACUAUCAAAGAUCUUUCCAAUGUAUUAUACUAUAAAUUGUAUGGCUAAAUUCAAUUAUGUGGAAGCAACUAACAGAUGAUUCUCCUCAGCCUAGCGGCUAAACCACCAAACCUAUGAUACCGAAACAUUUGUUCGACCCGGGUUCGACUCUCCUACGUGUAAUGGUUGAUUUUCUUUUUUUUGUUCAAGCAUAUAUCCCAGGAAUCGAAGAGUCUCUUCCAAACGACAUCAUGUAACUCAGUAACCGAAGAGUUUCUUUUCGUCAAGAUUGGCUGUUAUAUGAUUGGUUAUCUCAGUAACCGAAGAGUUUAUUUUAACUGACUUCAAUAAUCGAAGAGUUCCUUUUAGUUCUAUAAAUAUAAGGGACGAUAUCAGACCUUUUAUUCACUCACUUCAUUUCUUCUGAUUUAUCCUUUUGCAAUAUAAGUUAGUUUUCGAUUUUUCUCAUUUUCCAUUCAAUUCAUGAACUUUUUUCUAUUUCUAUUUUAUCGUAACAUCUUAGUUUCGAUUUUGUUGCAGGACAAAGUUUCAAUGGAAGGAAGUUCAAAGAAGAUGAUGAAGCGUCCCAUAGAGGAGGUUUACGGAUGUGAUGCCGCCGAAGGUUUCAAUAAGGGAAAGAAGGAAACUGUGGAACAUUACAGGGCUCUUCUUCGUUUGUCCAAUGAAUACAGGCUAUCUGAGAAUGAUUGGAAUCUGGCAUCCAGCAAAGCAAAUUCAAUUGCUGUCCAAAUCGAGUUGCUUGAAGAUAUUAUCAAAGCUGAUGGAAAAUUUGAUUUAACUGCUGAGUUGGAGAAACUCAAAGAAGAGCACUCGGAAGCGGAAGGAAUGCUUGCUGAUGUGAAGGUCAAAGUCCCUGAUUGGGAUAAACUUGGCGAAAGUUGGCUGUGUCAUGAGUAAUUUCAUGUUAUCAUCUUCUCUUUUUAUGUUUUUAAGGACCACAUUAUGUUUGAUUUUCAGUUUUUAUUUUAAAUGAGUAAGUACUUUUAUUUCUCUUGUGUUGUUUCUUCAAUUAACAACCUAAAUAAAAAACUUCUUCAAUGUUUUUCACUAUUUUGUAAGGGUUUGGCCUAGUGUUCUUGUAUCUGGGUUAUCUGAUUCGCUUAUUUGUUUUUGGAAAGCUAUCCUGAAUACCUAAAAUGAUAUCCAGAUUAUAUAAAUCUAUCGUCUGUGAAUAAAUAAGUUCACAUUUACUCUGUUAUCGAAUAUCCACCAUAGCCUAGUGGCAAGCCCUUCUACUCUUAGUGUACCCUUAUCACACAAUAAGCCGUGUUCGAUCCCCGUUGUGUAUACUCACAUUUUUUCUGUUUUUAAUUAAAUAUUCAAAAGUUAUAUUCUUUUUUAUUAUAGCUUUUGGCAAGUAUAACAACCUUGGCACAACGGCUGCACACUUUGAUUCAUCUUUCGAGAGUUCACGAGUUCAAUCCAUAUCGGAUCACAUUCUUUUUCAUUUUUUUGUAAACUUUAAAGGAAUUUGUUUUUGGAAAGCUAUCCUGAAUACCUAAAAUGAUAUCCAGAUUAUAUAAAUCUAUCGUCUGUGAAUAAAUAAGUUCACAUUUACUCUGUUAUCGAAUAUCCACCAUAGCCUAGUGGCAAGCCCUUCUACUCUUAGUGUACGCUUAUCACACAAUAAGCCGUGUUCGAUCCCCGUUGUGUAUACUCACAUUUUUUUCUGUUUUAAUUAAAUAUUCAAAAGUUAUAUUCGUUUUAUUAUAGCUUUUGGCAAGUAUAACACCCUUGGCACAACGGCUGCACACUUUGAUUCAUCUUUCGAGAGUUCACGAGUUCAAUCCAUAUCGGAUCUCAUUCUUUUUCAUUUUUUUUUGUAAACUUUAAAGGAAUUUGUUUUUGGAAAGCUAUCCUGAACACCUAAAAUGAUAUCCAGAUUAUAUAAAUCUAUCGUCUGUGAAUAAAUAAGUUCACAUUUACUCUGUUAUCGAAUAUCCACCAUAGCCUAGUGGCAAGCCCUUCUACUCUUAGUGUAUCCUUAUCACACAAUAAGCCGUGUUCGAUCCCCGUUGUGUAUACUCACAUUUGUUUCUGUUUUUAAUUAAAUAUUCAUAAGUUAUAUUCGUUUUAUUAUAGCUUUUGGCAAGUAUAACACCCUUGGCACAACGGCUGCACACUUUGAUUCAUCUUUUGAGAGUUCACGAGUUCAAUCCAUAUCGGAUCACAUUCUUUUUCAUUUUUUUUUGUAAACUUUAAAAGAAUUUGUUUUUGGAAAGCUAUCCUGAAUACCUAAAAUGAUAUCCAGAUUAUAUAAAUCUAUCGUCUGUGAAUAAAUAAGUUCACAUUUACUCUGUUAUCGAAUAUCCACCAUAGCCUAGUGGCAAGCCCUUCUACUCUUAGUGUAACCUUAUCACACAAUAAGCCGUGUUCGAUCCCCGUUGUGUAUACUCACAUUUUUUCUGUUUUUAAUUAAAUAUUCAAAGGUUAUAUUCGCUUUAUUAUAGCUUUUGGCAAGUAUAACACCCUUGGCACAACGGCUGCACACUUUGAUUCAUCUUUCGAGAGUUCACGAGUUCAAUCCAUAUCGGAUCAAAUUCUUUUUCAUUUUUUUUUGUAAACUUUAAAGGAAUUUGUUUUUGGAAAGCUAUCCUGAAUACCUAAAAUCAUAUCCAGAUUAUAUAAAUCUAUCGUCUGUGAAUAAAUAAGUUCACAUUUACUCUGUUAUAGAAUAUCCACCAUAGCCUAGUGGCAAGCCCUUCUACUCUUAGUGUACCCUUAUCACACAAUAAGCCGUGUUCGAUCCCCGUUGUGUAUACUCACAUUUUUUCUGUUUUUAAUUAAAUAUUCAAAAGUUAUAUUCUUUUUAUUAUAGCUUUUGGCAAGUAUAACACCCUUGGCACAACGGCUGCACACUUUGAUUCAUCUUUCGAGAGUUCACGAGUUCAAUCCAUAUCAGAUCACAUUCUUUUUCAUUUUUUUUGUAAACUUUAAAGGAAUU